CGAAAAGUCAGGAAAAAUGCAUUCUCAUCUGCACACCCCGCAAAAUGCUAAUUGCGAAGAGAUCAUGACCGCAUUGGACGAAUGCCACGCUCGUGGAUUCCUGCACAAGGCCCUGGGCAACUGCAACGACAUCAAGCGCGACGUCAACAAAUGCCUCUCGCAAGAACGGUAUGCGCGCGCAAAGCGGAAUCGCGACCAGGCGCGGGAGAACCGGAAACGCAUCGAGAAGAUCUGGGCAGACGAGAAGGCUGCCGAGCGGGGCGAGAACUAGGUGGACUAGGUCUGCUUGGGGUGUAGUGUUGUAGUUUGCAGCAUGUAUAUUGGUUGAUUGCAUUGGAGGAUUGAAUGUGAAUUACUACAAGGCGUUUACGGAGGGAUCUCUUCUCAUUUGAUUCUAUGCGCGGUGGCUGUAUGAAUAUAUUGGACAAGUCUAUUUUAAAGUGUUGGAAAAUGUACUUCCUAGAAUGGUUCACGUCGUUUGAUUGUUGGAGUAUCUUAUUCCGGAUAUAGAA